AUGGGGAUUGAAUUGCUUUGCCUCUGUUUCCUAUUUCUGCAAAGAAAUAACUAUGUACAAGGGACCUGUUCUCAGGAAAGCACAGUGACUUGUGAAGAUUGUUUGCUUUCCGGACCACACUGCGCUUGGUGUUUGCAAGAGAAUUACACAGACUCAUCUGGAACUCAUGGGAGGUGUGAUACCCUGGAAAAUCUUUUGUCCAAAGGAUGCCAGUUGGAUUUGAUUGAGUUUCCCAUUUCAGAAGUAGAAAUUCACAGAAAUGAUCCCCUAACUGCAUCACCCCAGAAGAACAGUUCUGAUGUCACACAGAUUUCUCCCCAAAAACUAACUCUGAGGCUGCGACCAGGACAUGAAGAAACAAUACAGAUCAAGGUUCGCCAGACUGAAGAUUAUCCAAUUGACCUCUACUACCUCAUGGAUCUUUCAGCUUCAAUGGAUGAUGAUCUGAAUACAAUCAAAGAACUGGGUUCAACUCUUUCCAAAGAGAUGUCAAAACUGACAAGCAACUUUAGACUGGGAUUUGGAUCUUUUGUUGAAAAACCAGUUUCACCAUUUAUCAAAACUACAGCUGCAGAAAUAAACAACCCUUGCAGAACUGUACCAUACGAGUGCUUACCCACUUUUGGAUAUAAAAAUGUUUUGCCACUAACAAAUGAUGCUGAAAAAUUCAAUGAAAUUGUGAAAGGACAGCGAAUUUCUGCUAAUAUAGAUACUCCAGAGGGAGGAUUUGAUGCAAUUAUGCAGGCAGCUGUUUGCAAGGAAAAAAUUGGAUGGAGGAAUGAUUCUCUGCAUUUGCUGGUAUUUGUGAGUGAUGCUGAUUCCCAUUUUGGGAUGGACAGUAAACUGGCAGGAAUUGUUAUUCCUAAUGAUGGGAACUGUCAUUUGGACCACAAUAAUGAAUAUUCCAUGUCAACUGUUCUGGAGUAUCCCACAAUUGGACAAUUAAUUGAAAAACUUGUGCAAAACAAUAUUCUAUUAAUUUUUGCUGUAACAAAUGAGCAAGUUCACAUAUAUGAGAAUUAUGCAAAGCUUAUUCCUGGGGCUACUGUUGGACGACUACAGAAGGAUUCUGGAAAUAUUCUCCAGCUGAUCAUUGCUGCAUAUCAGGAGCUGAGGUCUGAAGUUGAAUUGGAGAUCCUGGGAGAGACAGAAGGGCUCAACCUCUCCUUCACAGCCAUCUGUAACAACGGGACCUUUUUUCCACAUCAGAGGAAAUGCUCUCAUGUGAAAGUGGGAGAUACAGUCUCUUUCAACGUGACUCUAAGCCUCUCUUCCUGUGAAAAAAACAGAAGGCUUAUCAAGAUAAAACCCGUGGGGCUCCGCGACGCGCUGGAGAUAGAAAUCGAUCCCCUCUGCAGCUGCAGCUGCCAGGCCCGGGCGGAGAAGGAGAGCCCGCAGUGCAGCCGGGGGCAGGGCUCGCUGGAGUGCGGGGUGUGCGUGUGCAGCCCCGGCUUCGUGGGGCCGCGCUGCGAGUGCCCCGAGAGCUCUCUCGGGGCCAGCUCCUGCCGGGGCCCGGCCGAGCUCAGCUCCUGCAGCGGCAGAGGAGACUGCCUGUGCGGGCAGUGCCUGUGCCACCCGUCCCCCUACGGAAAGGUGUACGGGCCCCGCUGCGAGUGCAAUGACUUCUCCUGCGGCAGGCACAGAGGGCUCCAGUGCGCAGGCAACGGUGACUGUGACUGCGGGGAAUGCAAGUGCCACAGUGGAUGGACUGGUGAAUACUGUAAUUGCACAACUGAUACCAGCACCUGCAUUGCUGAGGAUGGGACCCUGUGCAGCGGGAGAGGUGAAUGCAUCUGUGGGACAUGUGCCUGCACCCACCCAGGGGCUUCGGGCCAAACGUGUGAAAAAUGCCCUCUCUGCGGUGACCCCUGCAGUUCUAGAUGGAGCUGUGUGGAAUGUCACUUGGCUUCUGAUGACAACUCACUGGGAGAUUGCAGUGAAAAAUGCAAAUUGGUUGAUGCAACUGUCAGCAUGGCAAAGGAUUAUUCAGAGGAUAAAUCCAUUUCCUGCUCUUUGCAGGGGAAAAAUGAAUGUAUAACCACAUUUCUGCUGGCUGUGGAUGAACAGGGAAGGACAGUCAUUCACAGCAUAGAACAGAAAGAUUGUGCACAGCAUCCAAAUAUCCCAAUGAUAGUGGUGGGUGUCACCCUUGCCAUCAUUCUCAUUGGCAUUGUUUUACUUUGUAUAUGGAAAUUACUGGUGUCAGUUCAUGACCGAAAGGAAGUGGCCAAGUUUGAAGCAGAAAAAUCAAAAGUAAAAUGGCAAACGGAAACAAAUCCACUGUACAGAGGCUCAACAACCACUUUUAAAAAUGUGACUUACAAGAACCAAGAUAAGCAUAAAAGGCCCAUGCAGACUUCAGAUUUCUAUUAG